AAGCACAUGAUGAAGCCAUGCAGUCAGACUCCCCUCAUUAGACUCAGCCUCCCAGUCUCUGUCUGCAGAGAACCCUGAGUGAACUUUGUGGAGGUCUGAACACAGAGGAUUCCCUCCUGACACUCACACAGACUGCAGACUAACCCUGAGUCAGUAAACAUGGCGUCUUCAGAGCUCGCACUCCUCAGUGUCUCGGAUAAAACUGGACUCGUGGACUUUGCUAAGAGGCUGGUGGACGUGGGUCUGUCUCUGGUGGCCUCAGGUGGCACAGCUAAAGCCCUGCGAGAGGCUAAACUGGCUGUCAGGGAUGUGUCCGAGCUGACUGGACAUCCAGAGAUGCUGGGGGGCCGCGUGAAGACCCUCCAUCCUGCGGUUCAUGGAGGCAUCCUGGCCAGGAAAACCCCCUCAGACUCUGCAGACAUGGAGAAGCUGGGCUACAGCCUGGUCAGGGUGGUGGUGUGUAACCUCUACCCGUUUGUGAAGACCGUCUCUAACCCGAGUGUGACGGUUGAAGACGCCGUGGAGCAGAUCGACAUCGGCGGCGUCACUCUGUUGAGAGCAGCAGCUAAGAACCACGCCAGAGUCACCAUCGUGUGCGAUCCUGCUGACUACUCUCUGGUCUCCAAGGAGAUGGAGGGUUCCGGAGACAAAGACACGACCCUGGAGACACGCAGGACUCUGGCUCUAAAAGCCUUCACACACACCGCGCAGUACGACGAGGCCAUAUCAGACUACUUCCGGGGACAGUACAGUCGAGGUGUUUCCCAGCUGCCUCUGCGUUACGGCAUGAACCCUCACCAAGCUCCGGCCCAGAUCUACACGCUGCGCCCGACUCUCCCCCUCAAAGUGGUGAACGGCUCCCCCGGCUUCAUUAACCUGUGUGACGCUCUGAACGCCUGGCAGCUGGUCAGAGAGCUGAAGAGCGCCCUUGGGAUGUCUGCUGCUGCCUCCUUCAAACACGUCAGCCCUGCAGGCGCUGCAGUCGGAGUUCCUCUGAGCGAGGAGGAAGCCAAAGUGUGCAUGGUGCACGACAUGCUGAGCGAUCUGACGCCCCUGGCCACAGCCUACGCCCGGGCUCGAGGCUCAGACAGGAUGUCCUCUUUCGGAGACUUCAUCGCCGUGUCGGAUGUGUGCGACGUUCCCACCGCCCGGAUCAUCUCCAGAGAGGUGUCAGACGGUAUCAUUGCUCCUGGAUAUGAAGAGGAGGCUCUCAAGAUCCUCUCCAAGAAGAAGAACGGGAACUACUGCGUGCUGCAGAUGGAUCCAGAGUAUGAGCCGGAUGAGACCGAGGUCAGGGUGCUGUUUGGUCUGUACCUCAAACAGAAGAGGAACGGAGGACUCAUCAACAAAGACUUCUUCAGCAAUGUUGUGUCCAAAGGCUCGCUGCCUGAAGCAGCCGUGCGGGACCUCAUCGUGGCCACCAUCGCCGUCAAGUACACUCAGUCCAACUCGGUCUGCUACGCUAAAGACGGACAGGUGAUUGGGAUCGGGGCCGGUCAGCAGUCUCGUAUCCACUGCACCCGCCUGGCUGGAGAUAAAGCCGAUAACUGGUGGCUGAGACAUCACCCCCGAGUGCUCGACAUGGAGUUCUGCAGCGGUGUGAAGCGAGCCGAGAGGGCGAACGCUAUCGACCAGUUCGUCAGCGACACUAUCGGAGAGGGUCCAGAUCUGGCCGCGUGGCAGGCGAUGUACGACAAGGUGCCCGAGUCUCUGUCACAGACUGAGAGGAAGAACUGGAUCAGCUCCCUGCAGGCCGUGGCUGUCAGCUCUGAUGCCUUCUUCCCCUUCAGAGAUAACAUCGACCGUGCCAAACGGAGCGGCGUCGGGUACAUCGCAGCUCCAGGCGGCUCUGCUGCAGACGCCGUGGUGAUUAACGCCUGUAACGAGCAGGGCAUCACUCUGGUGCACACCAACCUGCGCCUCUUCCACCACUGAGCUCCUCCUCCUCCUCUUUUCAUCUUUAAACUCACUCACAGUUUAGUUAAAUCACUGAUUCUCCUCUAACCUCUGAUACUCAAACAUUCCACCUCUCAUCAUGCUGCUUUGUAGAGGUCGUUAUUGAUCUGUUUCUAACAUGAAUCACAUUCCUGAGGUGUGAACCUUAAACUAGAGAGACAGUGACUGUUAGCUUUCUGAAUCAUUCACUUUGCAGUGUGAAAUAAAACGUUACUGUUAAAGUC